AUGCAAAGUGGUUUCGGGAUGCUGGAGAUGGGAAGCGCAGCAAAGGGCCACGAAGUUAUGAUAAUGCUGAAGAACGUGUAUGAUGUUGUGUUCGGCGCGCUGGCAUACUACGCUUUCGGCUUCGGGAUUUCCUGGGGUUCCCCAUCAAACUCCUUCAUGGGCCUGGGUAGAUAUUUCUUGGAUAUCACCAGCGACGACUACCAGAAUACCGGCGUGGUAUUCAGCAGUUUCAUCUUCCAGUUCAGUUUUGCGGCGACUUCCACAACCAUCGUUAGUGGCUGUGUUGCCAUGCGCUGCCGGUUUGAGGUUUACUGCCUCUACUCUUUCUAUGCUGUUCUGGUCUACGCCUUUGUGGCGCACUGGGUCUGGGCUAGCAAUGGCUGGCUGGCUCAGCUAGGAGUACACGAUUUUGCGGGGAGCGGCCCCGUGCAUCUUCUUGGUGCAGCUAGUGGCCUCAAUGCAAUUCUGUGGCUGGGGCCGCGGAGAGGUCGCUUUGAUGGUACCGUGCCGCGGGAGCACUUCAAGCCUUCGAGCCCGGAGAAUAUCCUUUUUGGCCUCUUCAUGCUGUGGUGGGGCUGGAUUGGUUUCAACUGUGGAAGCUCCUUCGGAAUCACGGGGCUUAGAUGGAUUGUGGCCACUCGAGCCGGUGUCACCACAAUCUGCUCCACCGCAGGCGGUGGAUCCUUAGCUUUGGUCUACACCAAGAUCAAGAACAGAGGCAAGCGUCUGAAUGCAGAGGAGGUAGCCAAUGGCAUCCUUGGGUCACUGGUCGCAAUCACCGCCACCUGCGCGUGUGUCCACCCUCCUGAGGCGCGCGCUGGGCUUGUUGACUUGGACAUAGGGUUUUAG